AUGAGUGUUCUCUUAGAAACUACUAAAGGUAAUAUUGUGAUAGAUUUAUGGUAUAAAACCCAACCACUUUUAAGUCUCAAUUUCCUUAAGCUUUGUCAGCUAAAUUACUAUUUCUUUUCUCCCUUCCAUUCAUUUGAGAAAGACCAUUUGGUGCUGAAUGGGAAUAGAGUUUACCCACAAGCUGAUCCAUGUUUUGCCAUUAACCACUACUUGGAUAUUUCACCGUAUGGAACUGUUGGUGACUACUUGACUCCUGAGACCAAGCUGAAGCUUACUACUGAUGAUGAUGAUCAUAGUGAAGUGGGCAUUGUUUCUUUCCUAGUGAAUGAAGAUGGGGUUAUAGGAUCUCAAUUUACCAUCAGUCUCAGUGUGAAAUAUGAAGCAUCAACCAAUCAAAUACCAUUUGGGAAAGUCAUGGAAGGGUUUACUACGCUUCAAGAGUUGAACAGUAGUAAAGUCGAUGAUCUCAUAAGAAUAACCCAUUGUCAUAUUCUUUAUGAUCCUUUUUCAGACGUUAAAGUCCCCAAUUCAGUAAUGUUCUCCACUGAGUCACCAUCAAUUGCACAACUAAGCAACAUGCAUUAUUAUGAGUCAAGUCUACAGUUAUUGGAUGAAACCACCCCCUAA